UAGUAUCACGUAUCGAAUGUGAAUCAGUACGUAUUACUCGUAUCAAGAGACGACCGACGCAAGGAAGCGAAAUCACGCAAUGAUAAUUAAUAUUAAAUCGCAGAAUGGAGACAGAACUCACUCAGUUAUCAAACGCCGAGCGAAUUGUGUGUUUGCCUCUUGUGUGUUCAACAAGUUUUAUCUGAACUUCGCAAUAUGAGCGAAAUAAACACAGUUAUUAUUCGUUUUAUGGCAGCGAAACUACUAACUCUAUAUCAUUCCUUGCAAGUUAUUCUGUUCUUAUUAGUGACGUGGUUGAAAAAUCCCUUUAGGAACCCUUGGUCAGUAAAAUUAAAAUUGGAACCCCCAGCACGCUUAACUGACCCGAAAUAUGGAACUCAUAAAUAUUUAAAGGCUAAUAACAUUAAGCUGCAUUAUGUAGAGAGCGGGGAUCCGACCAAACCACUCAUGUUAUUUGUUCAUGGAUUCCCAGAGCUCUGGUAUUCCUGGCGGCAUCAGAUUGUUAAUUUCCAAAAGGAUUAUUGGUGUAUAGCCAUUGAUAUGAGAGGAUACGGCGACUCCGAGAAGCCAGAAGGAAUCGAACAUUAUAAACUGAACACUCUGGCAGCCGAUUUGAGAGAUUUGGUUCGACAGUUAGGAAGAGAAAAAUUCAUCCUCGUGGCUCACGAUUGGGGCGGCGUUGUAUCGUGCAGAUACCGAGAUCUUUACCCAGAAUCAUUGUCAGCUGUGGUGGUAUUGAGUGGUACCUCGACUGAAGCGUGGCUUAAUGCCAUCUGGACUGAUUCAGACCAAAGAAAGAAGUCAGGUUACGUUUUCCUCUACCUAAUGCCCGUAUUACCAGAGCUUUUGCUUCAAAGUAACGAUUUGGGAAUUCUGGACACUGUGAUGCUCGUGAAGGGGAAACAAUCAGUGGAUUUGGAAGAUCUAGAAUGUUUCAAAUACUGGUUACGUAAGCAAGGUGCACUAACUCCUCCAAUUAACUAUUACCGAGCUAAUUUCGGAUACUCUAGUGAGCUGAAACCACAAGAUCAGCAGCCAGUUCCGUUUCUAUUCGCACAUGGCUCUAAUGAAAAAUAUCUGAACGCAAAAAUCAGAGAAAAUAUUAAAACACUUUAUCAGCACGUGGAAAUAGCAAUCAUUGAGGAUAGCGGUCACUUUACACAACAAGAAGAUCCAGAAAAAGUAAAUAAACUUAUAAGGGAUUUCCUUGCGAAACAAAACUUGUAGUCUUUGUAUAAAUUUAGACCAAUUAAAAAACAUUAGAGACUCGUACGGUGACUAUGGUAAAAAAAAUUGGUCGUAUCUAUAGGAUUGUCACCUUAUUCUGGAAGAAGUAGAGAAGAUAUUUCGGAUUUCAUAGAGGGUAAAUAAAGAGUACAAACAUAGAUUUUUUUUCAUGGAAUAGGAAGACAAACGAGCGUACGGGUCACCUGUGUUUAAGUGAUCACCGCCGCCCACAAUCUCCCGCAACACCAGAGAAAUCACAGGAGCGCUGCCGGCCUUUAAGGAAGGUGUACGCGCUUUUUUUGAAGGUACCCAUGUCGUAUCGUCCCGGAAACACCGCACAAGCAAGCUCAUUCCACAGCUUUGUAGUACAUGGAAGAAAGCUCCUUGAAAACCGCACUGCGGAGGACCGCCACACAUCCAGGAUGAUAUCCUAACUUGUGGCGUGUCGUGCGAAGGUGGAAGUCAGCGGCAGGAAUCAGGUUAACUUAGAUUAAGGAUUGAUCUCCGCUGCGCUACAAUUAGAUACCGCAGGCGUCGCAAAGUGCAGCAACUAAUACUACGCACAAGUGAGCGUUCUCGACAAUGUCUCAGACAAUGUGUGACAUUGAGGUGCCACAUGUUCUGUUAAACUUUGCUAAUAAUUGAAACUAUGAUGCUGGGUUGUAACAAAACUUUGUAAAAAUAAUACUAUAAUAACGUCACAUAGCAUCAGUAACAAUUUUGUAUUUAACUAAUUUCAAUGUAAAAUAACAUGAAGCGAAUAUAAGUUACAUAAUUUGAAAGAUGCCAUUGAGUAUCAAGAUGCCACGCACACGAGCAUCUUUACAAAUAGCCAAUACACACUAAAAUAUAAAGUUGCCGUAAUAAAAAAUCAAUUGUUCUUAGGUAGUGUACGGUAUUUAGUUGGAGCUCAGCGGAGACCAAUCCUUGAUCAAAGAGUACAAAUUAUUAAAAAGUGUAUCAUUUAUUAAGUUUUUCAGUUUAAUGGCGAUGGGUCCCAACCAGUAUAGUAGUUAGUCCAAUAAAUAGAAUUAUUGUUUAUGUAAUGUAAAUGCUAAAAAAGUAUGACAAUAUUUGUCAAAAUAUUGAAAAUAUCUAGGAGUAGGUUGAAUACUCUAUUUUCGCUUACGGUUGGUAACCCUACGUACCGUUCCUACGUGUUGGAAAAAAGUGGUGGCGAUAAUCACUUACUAUCAAGUAAUCCCCCCCCCCAUACGUUCGUUUGUCCACCUCUUAAAUGUAAAAAAGAGGAGACCUUUAGUCAGCUUUCAUUCGCUUUCGUUCUCUGUAUGUGUGAGACACAUUUUAAUACAAACUAAUGAAUAAGAAAAUUAUUUUUAUUUCAUUGUCCAAUUUUUUAAAUAUAAUACUACGAAAGAAAUAUAAUAAUAUGAACUUUGUAUUCUUCUAAUGUAUCAAUUGUUGAAUAAAUUAUACUUACUUA